CUAAGCUUAGCUUUUUUUUUUCCCCAAUUCAUUUAUAGUCAACAUCAUCCACUGCUGGCUCCGGGAUAACUACAUUAUCUUCCACCGUAAACAUUCUUGAAAAUCCUCUCAUCUGCAAGUUUGCUUUAUAAAGGAUCUUCCACUUUCUCCUCAUAUUGCAAAUCUAAAUUGGUAUUCGAUGGCGGAUUUCAGAGGCCAGCCCCUCUACAACUGCAGAAAUUGCAAAAAUCCUAUUGCCCUGCGCGACGACCUUGUUUCCAAGAAGUUUUGGGCGAAAUCUGGACCUGCAUAUCUGUUCUCUCAUGCAAUGAACGUCGUUGUGGGGCAGAAAAAGGACAAAGAGUUGAUCACUGGCGUUUUUUCUAUUGCUGACAUCUAUUGCAGCAACUGCGGCGAGGUACUAGGUUGGAAGUAUGUGAGAGCUUAUGAUGCUACUCAAACGUAUAAAGAAGGGAAAUUCAUAAUCGAGAUAGCUAAGGUUGCAAAGUUGUACUAGAAAACAGUGAUAUUCUCCCAUGGGAUUGUAUUACUAAAGUAAAUAAUGUCAUUGUAUGAAUUGAUCAAUGGAUGGUAUUUAAGUUUCUGUGCCUAUAUAUGUAUGGACAGUGCAGUAAUGUGUUUUAUGUU